CUUUCCACAGAGGCCUGACUCUCAGGAGUGAAGCACGCAAAGAGCGUGCAUUAUUGUGUCCAACCUCUGGUAUCACAAGCGAGUAUCUAUCUCCUUUAAAUACUGAACAAGGUCGAGUGUUCAUGUAGAUUGCUCCCUUUUAGCUACUGGUGUACUGAAUUCGAAUUUCUAAGGAGGUGUCAGCGAUGUGAUAAGACUGUUUAGUAGAGCUAUUUAGAGAAUUUUGUGCACUUUUUUUCCAGUUAUUGUUUUUACUAGUGCGAUCCACGGACAACCAGUCAUCUAGGAAUUUAAUGCGUGUUUGUGAAAGUUGCUGAUGAGGAUCUGACUUUCAGAGGUAUCGGACGUAGCCAUCUGGUAUUUUACGAGUUGCAUUUGCUGAUCACCUGUGAAGCGCUCUGGUGUCUUUCGAGGCCAUACUGUCGACUAUUUUCUGCUUCUUGCUUCCCUUCCGGCCACUUUAUGGAGCGGAAAAAGAUUGAAAGAAGUUGGAUAUUGAAAGUCAGCCAGGUUGGCCAAACAUACGCCGGAUAAGGUCGUCGGUUUUAUUAUUAGUUUAAUAGUAAGCCAAAGUACUCAAACAGGAGAUCGACGAACCGAAGCUAGGAUUACUGAACCGGGUCAUUUCCUAUCAGUUGCUCGCGAUGAGGGUGCUAAUAACGGCUUGGCUACCGCUACUGUAUGGCAUUACACGAGUCAAUGGUUUGCGCGAAAUGCCUGGAAGAAAUCGGGAUGUUGGUAAAACAAAAGAGUUGAAGUGCGGACCAAACGAACGAGUGCUUGCUCUCGAAGGAGCCGAGGCAUCGCUUCCAUGUCAAGUGCGCUUCGACGGAACAGAAGCACAGUACAUGGAAUGGACGGUAAAGUUAGGCCCAUUGAAAAAAGCCAAAAAGAACAAAUCAAAAUUGACAGGUAAAGCGGGAUCCAGUCUAGAGUUAAUGUACCGGCUCGAUGGAGGAAAUGGUACAAUUGACACAGCUGGCGUGUGGAAGGACCAUCGAUGGUCUCAUAAAGCGCGCUUUUCGUUGCUGAACUCGGAGCUACAGCUGAUCAAUCUCAACGUCAGUGAUUCCGGAGUGUAUGGUUGUAACGUACGACGAGUAGAUGGCUCUUGGAAGAACUGUUCCACACAGCUGUUCGUCCAGGCUCCCCUACCGGCACCACGAAUGGAAAUUAAUCACGAAAUAAUUUCACUCAAUGAAACUACAAUCGGUCCGUACACUGAACGGGAAAUGCUCAACGCUUCCUGUUCUUUGUCGCAUUCAUACCAUUACCCGAUAUGGUACAACUGGACUCUAGAUGGCGAGCAGCUACCACUUGUUCCAACAAAUACAAGCAUUCUUCAUUUGGGUCCUUUGAAUCGUACGUAUUUUAUGAAGAACCUAUGCUGUGUUGUGUUUUCUGCUUCGUCAUUGCGACCAACAUCGAUCUGUGCACAACUCCUCGUAAAUUUGGGAGCUGAAUCUGUUUCCAUUCGAGCGUGGCACUCUCCUCUAGUGCUCGGCAUCCCGCAGGAGAUUGAGUGUGAAGUUCACGGAGGGUUUCCGCCCCCUGAGAUUACAUGGCGUCUGAAUGAUGAGCCGUAUUCGAAUGUGAUAUUCUAUGAUUCGACACAGCUUUGGGCAGUGUCCGUGAUAGUUCUCACUCCGGAAGAAAAGCACAUGGGAGUCCGCCUGGAAUGCCGAGCCGAAAAUCGCAAUGCUGGAGAAUAUAAAUCGCAGUUUAUUCGACUGGACAUCAAAUAUAAGCCGGACGUUACAUUGAAAAUAGGACGAGGGCUAAAUGCCACAGGGAUUAACGCAGGCAGUGACGUGUACCUUGAGUGUUCCGUGCAGGAAAUCCUGCUUGAGCAGGGUGGUCAAGCCAUGAAUAAUCACGUCAUAACUUGGAAACACAACGGGAAGGUCCUUAAGUCAAAUCGAACAGCAGGCAUCCUCAUAACGGAUAAGUACCUCGUCCUUCGGAACCUACAGAAGCGCCAUCGAGGUCAUUAUACUUGUCAGGUGAUGAAUACUGCCUUACAGGACGGCGAGGAUAUAACCAGUAGCCCGCUUUUUCUCGUAAUACAUUAUGCUCCUCGUUGCACAACGAACGCCAUUCAGAAAGCAUUUGUUGAUAAAGGUUCUAAAGCAAUCCUUCUCUGUCCGGUCGAUAUGCAACCAUGGAACAGAUUUUCCAGAGUGUACUGGUCCAUUUUAACAGAAGACAAUUUUACGCGUUCCAACCAUCUUGAGGUGGAUAUUACCGAGCAUAUGCUUGAAGAGGGCGAAGUCACCUGCUGGGGCGAAAAUAAACUGGGAAGUGGCCGUCAAAGCCCUUGUCGACUACAGCUGUUAGAAAAAGACAACAGCAGCAACGACCUUCAUUCGUCAAGUAUGCAUCAGGAAAUGAUCCGUACGAUGGAGUGCACAGUCCACAAUGUCACAAUGCGAGCAAUUCUUGUCGCCUGUGAGAACUUUAAUAAUAACUUCGUGAACUAUACCGUCGUCGCUGAACUGUUUCGUGAUCGUCAAGUGGUCAGCAGCGCCCAGCUCUCCUUCAGCAGGGCCUGGCACUGGAUGAGCUCGCUGCAACCAUCAACAGAAUAUGUAAUCGACUUUCGUAUAGUCCGCAAUUCUAAUUAUGUUAAAGCCGAACUGGAGAAGCUCUCGAAUGUUACAGGAUCAUUGUCAGAUGGAACACACAAUGUAAAAACUCUAGCCCUUCAAAUCGCCCCCUACCCCAAAAGCUCCGCUAUUGAUGAUGAAACGCUCCCCAGCGAGGGCAACGUCUUCAAAGUCCACACGCGCACCCUUGACAAGGACUUCGAGCCAGUCGAUGACAACUCUUCCAUUCUGUUCAACAUGGAAACAGCCCGUGUAGCCAUGUACACGACGAUCAGUCUUUUGUCGUUGUGUGCCACGAUUGCGGUGUGUUAUCUGGGAGCCGGUCGGAGAGGUGGAAGCGGCACCCGACAAGUUCAUAUACCAAGGGACCCCACACCAAUGCAGUUCACUACAUCGUCACUAUGAGCCAUCACAUGCACAACUAACCCAAAUUUUUGUAUCUGAAGUCGCUACAGAUAAGCUAUAUCGAGCAGAAGGACAGGCGCAAUAGUGGGCGCCCCCCUGACUUCACUUGUGUGAGUGCUGUUUAAAUCAGGUUAGCCGAUUGGCAAGAAAGAGCAAAGUCUAUAAUCUCUGAGAGUUGUUGUAUACUCCUUGUAAACUUAUAUGACCGCUACUAAAGUAUAUUUGUAGUGGUUUAGAUUAAGGUAUAUUACAUUGCAGUUAAACGAACUAAGCGCUGCUUAAGGGCUCUGCUAAUAGAAACCGAGAAACCACUGGUGGUCAACCCAAUAACAACCGGUAACCCUUAGCUCUUGAUGCGUUUGUUUCUGGGCGCUCUGUACCGGCUGGUGCGCUUGAAAUUUAUCCGUUUGAUAUUAAAAUUAUAGUGGUUUUAGGUAGGUCGACGCCGUUCCCAAUAACCUGUAAAAAAAAGAAAGCUGACACAGAGGCUGGGAACCGGCUCCGUCCAGAGCGUUAAAUGAAAGUCACCAUUGUAUAGCUAAGGUGUUGUACAUGGUAUUACUUUAAAUAUAAUUAAGAAAACAAGAUACUUAUGUGGAAGGUACUAGUGCACAGCGUCAUUACAUUCGGUUAUGGUUUGAAACGAGAUUGGCAGGAAACGGUUUAUUUUGACAAUUUAUAUACUUUUUCUUCGAAGUUUGAACAUUAAUUAACACACAAAUGUGAAAAUGUCAUUCAACAUGACGAUAUGAGUGUCUGUAGAUUUUUAAAUCUUAACAGGCGUCACAUAAUAGAAUGUGAUGCAGGACCUCGUAUACAUAAUGCGUACACGCAUAACCGAAAAAACAGGUGAACCACAAUGUAAAAAACAUAUAUGAACAGCAAGGAAAUAUAAGAUCACAGUAAUAAAUACACCUCGAUAACGAAAACAAUGGUACAUAACAGAUGUAAAUAGUUCGAGAAUAAUAUUAAUGGUGAUGAUGGACGGCGAUAACGUGAAUAUGACUCUGAUGAUGAAAAUAUAUGA